UAUGAAAUUGCAUUUCAAUUGCUUUGUGUAUAAGUUGAAGAAAUAUGCCUGUUUUUUCCCUGCUUAGAUUUCACAUCUGUCUCUCUUUCUAAGCCAACCAUUUGUUUAAUUAUUUCAAAUUUUCUACUAUAUAAAAAGCAACAGCUAGUCAUUCCCCAUCCGGACAAACAACUUUUUCUUCUUUUGGCCUUUAUGUCAUUGUUUUCGUCUUCUUGAUAUCCGUACUUUGUCAUUUCCAACUCCAAGCAGCAAAAAUGGCAUUGGCAGCAGCUAUUCUCCCAUUUCUAGUCUUCUUUACUCUCAUCUUCGCCUCUCUUGCUUACGAUCCUGACAUGCUUCAGGAUCUCUGCGUGGCCGAAAAAUCUUCAGGAACUAAAUUGAAUGGAUUUCCCUGCAAGGAUGAGGCAAAUGUUACUGCAAAUGAUUUUUUCUUUGACGGUCUGGCUAAGCCUGGAAUCGUGAACAAUUCAGUAGGAUCACUUGUUACAGGCGCCAACGUUGAAAAAAUUCCAGGCCUGAACACUCUAGGUGUGUCUCUCUCCCGCAUUGAUUAUGCUCCUGAUGGCCUUAACCCGCCGCACACGCACCCCCGCGCCACAGAAAUGAUCUUUGUGCUGGAAGGAGAACUUGACGUAGGAUUCAUCACGACCGCUAACAAAGUAAUCUCGAAAACAGUGAAGAAAGGCGAAAUCUUUGUGUUCCCUAGAGGACUAGUUCACUUCCAGAAGAACAACGGUGAUAAAGCAGCUUCUGUAAUUUCAGCAUUCAACAGUCAAUUGCCUGGUACUCAAUCCAUUGCCGUGACAUUGUUUACAGCAAAUCCCCCAGUACCUGACAAUGUCUUGACUAAAGCUUUCCAAGUUGGUACCAAGGAGAUUGAGAAGAUCAAAUCCAAGCUUGCCCCUAAGAAGUCCUGAUCCUUUCUUUCUCCUUUCUUCUAAAAUUUUCCUACCUAAUGAUAUUGUUAAUUAUAGCGGAUAUUGGUAUUUGUAUUGAAAUUCAAUAAACCCCAAUAUAGUGGAUAUUUGUAUUUAUCUUUUACCUUGUAAUUAAAUUGAAGAUUAAAUUUUCGUUGAAUAAUUACAGUCCUUGUUAUAUUGA